GGAAAGAGGUAGCUACGCACACGAUGACUAAAGGAUUCUGGGCAUAAAGAGGCCUACCCUACCCAUCGACGAAGGACGGCCCGGGGCUCGAAAGUGUUGGCUUCGGGCCAGCAGCCGAGUGGACGAGGCGAAAUAUGGAACCCAGAGGAGCACCUUGCCGAAUGCUCGUGGCUGCUGUCCUCACCCGCCGACUGCUAAUUUUUGAUCGCGUGCACCGGGUUUUGCACGGUAAAGCAAGAUGAUGCGUAACUCUUCACCCACGUGGUGAUUUUACUAAAUAUUCUUGAUUACCGGUACUGAAAUGAAUGUUUCGCUGUAUGGUAUCAACUUUCGGAAAAGAAUAUGAAUUUACAUGGUCUUUGAGAGCGUUGUCACACACUAGCUGUAGUGUUUCCAUACAUUUUAUUAUACCGUGAAAAUUAAAUGUGAAUAUGAAUAUAAUCAUGUUUGAACAUCCUGUGGAAGUUUUACACGCCACACCGAUUUUUCAUAGAAAACAAAAAGUGACGAAAUGUAUAACCGGUAACCAAAUGUCGUUUUCCGGUGGCGAUGAGCAUCGAGCAGCGGGCACCCUCUACCUAACCUACAAGUAACCCUGGUUUGGAACCUGGAAUCGCAGUACAGACGAGUCGGAAACACCAAGGAGUCCAGAAGAUAGUAUACCUUGGGAAACAGCUGAUGUGGUGGUUGUGGUCAUCAUCCGACUAAAGGACACGAAAAGGAAAGUGUGACGGAGGCGCGCAAAGUGCCCGUAGUACCCGCCGCCCCCCUCGCGUGAAAUAAAACCCGCCGCCAUGGAACUGGCCAAGAGCCACGCGCCCCCGAAGAAAGACGUGAUGGACUUCGAGGAGAUCAACGACGCCCUCGGCCCCUUCGGGAAGUACCAGAAGUUCGUCUUUUUCCUCUCGUGUUGGGGUUCCUUCAUGCCGGCCAUGGUCGUGGUGUGCAUGACCUUUGUUGGCAAUAAUGUAGACCACAGGUGCUUCGUGCCCGGCUGCGACGACCCCGACGACCACGCUACUCGACAAUUGGUACUCGCCAACUUUCUCCAUCCCCGCCGGCGAAGAGUGCUUCCACUGUACCAGCGAUACGAGCCGGUUACGAACUCCUCCAUCGUGUGCGGACCGGAGGACUUCAACAUGAACGUCAGGACCAACUGCAGCGAGAAGGUUUUCGAUACGUCCCUCUUCACCUCCACGACCGUUACUGAG